AUGGAAACAAGGAGAAGUUCUACUAUUGCAGACAGCUUAUCGGAUCGAGAUCUGAUAAUGAUAGGUGAAAAUUUACGUUUAAGACUUCAUGAUAAAGCUGGCAGUGAGACUAUUAUUCAAAAUAGACGAUAUCAUUUACGUUCCUAUCCUAAGUGCUUUGAAGGCACAGAACUAAUCGAUUGGUUAGUACUACAUGAAGAAGUUUUAAAUAGGCAAAAUGCCAUCGCUUCAAUGCAAAAAUUACUAGAGAAGAAUAUCAUUCAUCAUGUUUGCGAUGAUCAUCAAUUUAAAGAUGAACGAUUAUAUUAUCGAUUUCGUGUCGACGAUGAAACGUUUCAUACCAAUGUUGAAGUUGAUGUACUUUUAGAAGGUGAAAGACUGCGUUACCUCUUACAUGCAGAGUAUGGCAGCUUGUUUCGUGACUAUACCCCUCAUAAAUCUCAAAAAACUUUUAAAUGUUUUUUGGGCUCGGAUUUGGUAACUUGGUUCGUGCAACAAGGACGUGCAGGUUUCAGGCCAGAGGCAGAAGCGUCAUGUAGAAAACUUCUUGAAAACGGAGUUAUCAGACAUGUCACUGACGACCACCAUUUUAAGGAUCAAAAGAUAUUCUACCAGUUCCGAUUGGAUGCUUUAAAUGUCAAAAUAGGCGACUUGUGCGACGAAAAUGAUGCUUCAUCAAUUUCGCAUACUACUAAAGCAAAUUUUCACGUUGAUGGAUCCUCUAUUGAUAAAAAUACUAGACCAAUUACAGAUGAAGAUCUUUUAACCAAACCCGUUGAUAAGACUGGAUCAGUUUUAAAGAAACCUAUUACGCUCAAAGAAUUGCGAGAUCCAAAUGCACCUUAUGUCAAGAAAAAUAUAAAGAUUAUUCGUGAUAACGUUGGGUUUGGAUUUGUCGUUCGAGGUAAAGCUCCUGUCUACGUACAGACUGUCGAUCCGAAUGGCCCAGGUUAUGCUGCCGGUCUUAAGGCUGGCCAGGUUAUUGUAUCAAUUAAUAAUCAAUGUGUCCUAGAGUGGUCUCAUACUGAAGUUGCUGAUUUAAUCGUCCAGUAUCCUACUACUAUUAAUUUAAUCAUAAUGACGGCUAUACAAGAUGAGUAG